UUAGGGUUUUCUAUUUCCUUCUGUACACGUACGGUGACAGAGACCUCCAGCCUCCAACUUCUCUCGUGCGCCAACUCCUUCACUCCCCCACCAUCGCCAUCUUUCAUUCGUGUUCUUCUUGACUCCGCCAGCCUCUCUCACUCAGUCCGUUUCUGCACCAUCUCCCUCAAUCCGCCACCGUCUCAUACUCGCUGUCUCCCUCACUCGGUCCGUAGCACCUUCUUCCUCUAAUCGAUCCAUAUUGCUUCCUCCGUCAAGGUCUUCACCAAAACCGGGUGGCCCAGAGCCAGAGCAACCGCCGCCGGUAUUACUUUAGGGUUUGAAGUUUAAAUCUGUUAAUAUAUAUGUUUGUAUAUAUAUAUAUAUCUCUGUGUGUUUGUGUAAAAUAUUGAUUUGUGUUCGUGGAAGCUCUCCUUCCCAACACCCCCCACCCCCCCCCCCCCCCCCCCCCCCCCCUUUUUUUUUUUUAAGUUUUGAAGACGAUUUUGAUUCAUUAUUUUCUUAAACACUUUCUAUGGAAUUAAUUUUAAAGGACUUGAUAUGCCAUUUUUUAUUGUCAUCUUUAUGUGGUAAUAUUACAUUACUUAUUAGUUUAUAACACUGCCACAAAAUGACAUCUGGGUUUGGUUUGGGAAUCAAAUUAAGGAGUUGCUGAACGUGUAUAUACUGUAUAUAAAUUAGAAACAAAGCAUACAAUUCUAAUGGUUUAAGCAUAGUAAAAACAAACCUUUGUGGUGUUCCUUAAAUUCUUCACAGAGGAGAGGUAUUGGGGCAACAAUCCUGAGAGAAAUAUUAGAGAAUAGGAUUAUCUUUUUUGAAUUUAUGAGUUCAACUGAAAUUAAUCUCAGAUUCUAACCAAUUUUGCUUCAGAGUUGGAGUUAUUUUCACAUUUAGAUGAAUCUGUUGAAAGAUGAGGAGAUUGCAUGAGAAUAAUGGAACGAUUUCUAAGUAUUUGAAUGUACCGAGUUCUUAAUGCAAAGGGUUGUCUUCUUAGAUUAGAGUUGUUACAAUGUCUGGUCUUAUUUAGAUUAAUCUUUUCUGAAAAGAUCUUCAAUAUGCUAAUGUUCUUCGAGAAGAUGCAACUGUUUCCAUUUUUUUAUUAAAAUUUAUUAUGUGAAAAGUUACCACUGUUAGCAUUAAAACCUAUUAGUGAAUAGGUUCAGUUUAAGUUAAGCUUUUUUUUAAGAACAUCGGUUAAACGCAAGAAUUCAGCCCCUCCCUGCUUCCAAACCUGUGAGGGCAGGGACCCUCACAGGGCGGGUCAGUUUUUUUUUUUAAGUGACGAGACUAUAUAUUUUGCUCUUCAUUAGCUCUUGAAAAGUUUAUGUUUGCUGAAAUCUAUGCUUAUGUUAUGUUGCAAUUGCAUCAUUCUUAAAUGGUUUCCUGGUUUUUGCCAACUGUUUUUCUUCUAUAUUAAAUAUGAUAAUUAAAUUAAAACUAACAUUGUGGGUAUGGUGUUCAAUUAUAAAUUCCAAGAAAAAUAGAUUAUAAUACUCUGGGUUUGCAUGAUCUGUAAACUAUUAUCUGUUUUAAGUAUCAAGGUCCCGACCCUUUUAAUUGAGAGUACAAUAAAAAGCUCAUCUUGGAGUAUGAUUAUCUUCCUCCUUGAGUUGUUAUUGAUCGAUAUUAUGGGACAAUCUUGAGUUGAUAUAGCAUGUUUGGACAUAACCUGAAGCACAUUGAUAUCAAUUGUGGGUUGCUUUUAGUUAAUAUGAAUUUGUUCGUUUUUUAACAAGUUAUUAGAAGAUGUUAAGGGAUGUUACCGAAAAGGGUCUCUGUGUUGGUGGCAAAUUGCAAAGACUUCUCACUUUUCUCCCUAAAUCAAUGCCAUCUUGGUUGAAAAAUGGACAAUGGUUGUGUUUUGAAUAGUUUUAAUGGGCAGGAUAAAUUUUUCCUGGUAAGAGUGUCAUGGGAACAUGAACAGCACUUCAGAUUUUGUUUUGUUCCAUUACCAAAUUAUAUUAUUGCUGGGUCAGAGGUCUUCAAUGGCUUGUAUUUUUUAAUAAGUUCAUUAGUUUACGUAGAAGUUAUUCUGUUACAUGUGUCGCAAGCAGAUUUCAGCUUGAUGGGUAAGACAAAGCAAAGGCAGCUUGUGGCAGUCCCUACAAAGCAAAACAACACUGCAAGUAAGCUCAUUGACACUUCAAAUCCCAAUCCUGAUCUGGAUCUGCAUUCAGAAACUAGUUGGGUGAUUGUUAAGAAACAGAGGAUCACCGUCCUGGUACCUUCACUUCCUAUUGCUGAUAGAUCUCCACAGUUAAACCUUGAAGCGAGUCAAUCACAGGCUGUGCAUACGAAAAGGGUAGAUGAUGGUCUAGAGGAACCAACUGAGGCACAUCCCAUUUCCAGGUUGCCAUCAGCUAAUGAGUGGCGGAAGAGGUCCAUGCCAUUGCCAACUGCUUCUGAAAAGGGUCUCCAAGUUAAGAAAGCUUCUGGUGCUCAAAACUUCACAACAUCAACCAAACCAUUUAGGCAAGACCUAACAAUAGAAUCAGUAAAGCCACACCAAGUUCGUACAGCCAUGUCUCACAGAUUACUUGGAAUUUCUAACACCUCAAAAGGUAUCAUGGUGCCAAGACUAAUACUCCAUGGCCAUAGUGGUCACCAUGUUGGUGGCGUGGCCCUGAAUCAAAGAUUGAGGGCAAUGAAUCUUGAGAGGAAGCUUCAGAAAGCUGGUGGGUUGAGCAGGUGGCUUGCUUCUCUGGGUCUGGUACAGUUUGUGAGGAUCUUUCAGAGGAAGGGUCUUAGCAAGUUUCACUUGGUGAACCUAACCAUGAAGAAGCUCAAGGAUAUGGGUGCAAAUGCAGUGGGGCCUAGGAGAAAACUUAUGCAUGCAAUCGAUUGCAUUUGCCAGCCUUACUAUUUUGAGACCUUGUAAAAUGCUUUCUCAGGAUUUAGAAGCUAUGUUCAACUAUGAACAAUUGUAUAAACAAACACGCUUGUUAUAGAUUUUCAUUGUACAUACUAGUUCAGUGGAAUGUUGUGUUAUUUUAUAUUCCUCAAAUUAUUAUCAAGAUCUAUCAUUUACAGAGGACAAAAAGAAUGUAUAUAGCUCACUACCAAAAGAGAAAAAGAAAUGAUAUCAUGUUUUUGUGGAUUAUCACUGGUUA